AUGGCACAGCAAGGAGCUCAACUGGACGGAACAAAAUUCUGCUGUUCGAUUUGUUUGAAUCUAUUGAAAGAUCCGGUGACGAUUCCCUGUGGACACAGCUACUGUAUGAGCUGUAUUAAUAAUUUCUGGGAUGAAGAGGAUGAGAACAAAAUAUAUAGCUGUCCUCAGUGCAGACAGACCUUCACACCGAGGCCUGUCCUGAUGAAAAACACCAUGUUAGCAUCUUUAGUGGAGCAGCUGAAGAAGACUGGACUCCAAGCAUCACCUGCUGAUCACUGCUAUGCUGGACCUGAAGAUGUGGCCUGUGAUGUCUGCACUGGGAGGAAGAGGAAAGCUCUCAAGUCAUGUUUUCAGUGUCUGGCAUCUUAUUGUGAGACACACCUCCAGUCUCACUAUGAAUCACCUACAUUCAAAAAACACAAGCUAGUCGACCCCUUGGAGAACAUCCAGGAGAACAUCUGCUCUCAUCAUGAUGAGGUGAUGAAGAUGUUCUGUCGUACUGAUCAGCAGAGUAUCUGUUAUCUCUGCUCUGUGGAUGAACAUAAAGGCCACGACACAGUCUCAGCUGCGGCAGAAAUAAAAGACAGACAGAGAGAGCUCGAGGUGAGUCGACUAAACAUCCAGCAGAGAAUCCAGGACAGAGAGAAAGAUGUGAAGCUGCUUCAACAGGAGGUGGAGGCCGUCAGUCGCUCUGCUGAUAAAGCAGUGGAGGACAGUGAGAAGAUCUUCACUCAGCUGAUCCGUCUCCUCCAGAAAAGAAGCUCUGAUGUAAAGCAACAGAUCAGAUCCCAGCAGGAAACUGAAGUGAGUCGAGUCAAAGAGCUUCAGGAGAAGCUGCAGCAGGAGAUCACUGAGCUGAAGAGGAAAGACGCUGAACUGAAGACGCUCUCACACACAGAGGAUCACAACCAGUUUCUACACAACUACCCCUCAGUGUCACAGCUCAGUGAACCUACAGACUCAUCCAGCAUCAAUAUCCGUCCUCUCAGAUACUUUGAGGAUGUGACAGCAGCUGUGUCAGAGCUCAGAGAUAAACUACAGGACAUCCUGAAGGAGGAAGGGACAAACAUCUCACUGACAGUGACUGAGGUGGAUGUUUUACUGUCAGAUUCAAAAGCAGAGCCCAAGACCAGAGCUGGAUUCUUAAAAUAUUCAUGUGAAAUCACUCUGGAUCCAAACACUGCAUACAUGAAGCUGUUAUUAUCUGAGGGGAACAGAAAAGCAAAACUAAUGAGUCAACAACAGUCUUAUUCUAGUCAUCCAGACAGAUUCACUGUAUAUGAACAGGUCCUGAGUAGAGAUAGUCUGACUGGACGUUGUUACUGGGAGGUGGAGUGGAGCGGGUUAGGAGUUCGUGUAGCAGCCGCAUACAAGAAUAUCAGCAGAGUAGGAAACUCAAAUGAAUGUGGAUUUGGACUCAAUGACAAAUCUUGGGCUUUAAGAUUUUACAAUAAUUGUUAUACAUUUUGGUUCAACAACAUCUCAACUCCCGUCUCAGGUCCUCGUUCCUCCAGAGUGGGAGUGUACCUGGAUCACAGAGCAGGUAUUCUGUCCUUCUACAGCGUCUCUGAAACCAUGACUCUCCUCCACAGAGUCCAGACCACAUUCACUCAGCCUCUCUAUGCUGGACUUUGGCUAUUAGAUUCUGGGGUCACAGCCGAGUUCUGUAAACUCAAAAUCAAAGCUCAAACUAGUUUCACUUCUCAGAAAGUGAAACUCAGACAGUCAUUCUUACUGAGAGCUGAAAUGGCGCAGCAAGGAGCUCAGCUGGACCGAGAAAACUUUUCUUGUUCGAUCUGUUUGGAUCUACUGAAGGAUCCAGUAACUAUUCCCUGUGGACACAGCUACUGCAUGAGCUGUAUUCAAAACUUCUGGGAUGGAGAGGAUGAGAAGAAAAUCUACAGCUGCCCUCAGUGCAGACAGACCUUCACACCGAGGCCUGUCCUGAUGAAAAACACCAUGUUUGCAGCUUUAGUGGAGCAGCUGAAGACGACUGGACUCCAAACUGCUCCUGCUGAUCUCUGCUAUGCUGGACCUGAAGAUGUGGCCUGUGAUUUCUGCACUGGGAGGAAGCUGAAAGCCCACAAGUCCUGUCUCCAGUGUCUGGCCUCUUACUGUGAGAAACACCUCCAGCCUCAUUAUGAUGUAGCUCCACUAAAGAAACACAAGCUGGUUGACCCCUCAGAGAAGCUUCAGGAGAACAUCUGCUCUCGUCAUGAUGAAGUGAUGAAGAUGUUCUGUCGUACUGAUCAGCAGAUUAUCUGUUAUCUCUGCCCUGUUGAUGAACAUAAAGGCCACGACACAGUCUCAGCUGCAGUAGAAAGGACUGAGAGGCAGAGAGAGCUCGAGGUGAGUCGACUAAACAUCCAGCAGAGAAUCCAGGACAGAGAGAAAGAUGUGAAGCUGCUUCAACAGGAGGUGGAGGCCGUCAGUCGCUCUGCUGAUGAAGCAGUGGAGGACAGUGAGAAGAUCUUCACUGAGCUGAUCCAUCUCCUCCAGAAAAGAAGCUCUGAUGUGAAGCAGCAGAUCAGAUCCCAGCAGGAGACUGAAGUGAGUGGAGUCAAAGAGCUUCAGGAGAAGCUGCAGCAGGAGAUCACUGAGCUGAAGAGGAAAGACGCUGAACUGAAGCAGCUCUCACACACAGAGGAUCACAACCAGUUUCUACACAACUACCCCUCAGUGUCACAACUCAGUGAACCUACAGACUCAUCCAGCAUCAAUAUCCGUCCUCUGAGAUACUUUGAGGAUGUGACAGCAGCUGUGUCAGAGCUCAGAGAUAAACUACAGGACAUCCUGAGGGAGGAAUGGACAAACAUCUCACUGACAGUGACUGAAGUGGACGUUUUACUGUCAGAUUCAAAAACAGAGCCCAAAACCAGAGCUGGAUUCUUACAAUGUUCACAUGAGAUCACUCUGGAUCCAAACACAGCAAACUCCUGGCUGGUACUAUCUGAGGGGAACAGAAAAGUAGAACGGAUGAGACAAAAACAGUCUUAUUCUCAUCACUCAGAUAGAUUCACUGUUCAGCGUCAGGUCCUGAGUAGAGAUAGUCUGACUGGACGUUGUUAUUGGGAGGUGGAGUGGAGAGGAGGCAGAGUUCGUGUAGCAGUCGCAUACAAGAAUAUCAGCAGAGAAGGAAGCUCAAAUGAAUGUCUACUUGGAUAUAAUGACAAAUCUUGGGCUUUAAGAUGUUACACUAACGGUUAUGAAUUCUGGUUCAACAACAUCUCAACUCCCGUCUCAGGUCCUGUUUCCUCCAGAGUCGGAGUGUACCUGGAUCACAGAGCAGGUAUUCUGUCCUUCUACAGCGUCUCUGAAACCAUGACUCUCCUCCACAGAGUCCAGACCACAUUCACUCAGCCUCUCUAUGCUGGAGUUUGGCUUUUAGAUGAUGGGGUCACAGCCGAGUUCUGUAAACCAAACCAACUGUAUAACAUACAGACUAAUAUCCCUCAUGUGCCUCAAGGCUUAUUUUACAAAUAUAUAUUUUCGUCAAUUUUUUACAAUUACAAUAAAUAAAUACAGUUAUUAUGCUCCCUGACACUUUGAUCUCAGGAUGUCAAACCUACAGAAUAAUAUCCCCCACGUGCCUCAAUGAUUAUUUUUUAAAUAUAUUUUGGUCAAUUAAAAAAUUGCAUCUAUCACUAAAAACUCAUUCUCUCCUAAGCGCU